UUGUUAUUCUAACAACCACAACAACACCAAUAUGUUCUGCUCCGCACAUGACAACAUGAAUGAGGUGUUGGCACUGUUCGUGUGAUCUAAAUUGCAACAAUUUCUUAUUAAUACCGGAAUCAAAAUAGGCAUGAUGUCACUGUUCCAGUCUUUCAAAAGAUCACCUGUUGUUCAUUUCUGGAUGCUCAUUGUGUUUCUCAUAUCUGGGCUUAUCAUCAACUGUGUGCAAAUUAUUAUUCUGUUUAUAUGGCCUUUUAACAAGAGUUUAUAUAGAAGACUGGUAUCAAAGAUAUCAUAUUUAUACCUAGCAGAGCUGACUUUUGCUGGUGAAUGGUGGGCAGAUAUUGACAUUACAUUUUAUGGAAAAAAAGAGGAUUAUGAACAAAUUGGAAAUGAAUCUGCCAUGCUUAUGCCAAAUCAUAGAAGUGAUAUUGAUUGGUUGGUUGGUUACAUAAUUGCUGAAAGGAAAGGCAUACUAGGGACUGCAAAAUGUUUUAUGAAGAAUGACUUGAAAUACAUUCCUACAAUCGGAUGGACAUGGUGGUUUCUGGAAUUUUCUUUUCUGAGGAGGAACUGGCAAAAGGAUGAAAACACCAUAAAAAACUCUCUUAAAGCUCUUAAUGAGUAUCCAAUUCCAUAUCUGAUAGGAAUUUUCGCAGAAGGCACUCGUAUGACCCCAGCAAAACUAAAGGCAAGCCAAGAAUUCGCGGUAUCGAAGGGAAUUCAACCUUUGAAGCACCACUUGCUGCCUAGGCCCAAAGGAUUCGCAUUCACUGUCCACGCAUUAAAGAACUCAGUUCCAGCGAUCUAUGAUAUUGAAGUUGCAUUUGCCAAUCCUGAAAAGGCUAACUUAAAAACUCUGAUAAAUGGCGGAAAGAUCAAGACUCAUCUGUACUUAAGGCGAAUUGAAAUGAAAGAUGUUCCAACUGAAUCGAUAGAAGCAACAUCUCAAUGGUGCAAGGAUCUGUACAAAGAAAAGGACGCAAUUUUUGACGACUAUACCAAGAAUGGGGCAUUUUCUGCUGACGUUGUCAAUUUUCCCAAGCGUUAUUCCAACCUGAUUAUUGUGCUGGCGUGGCAGAUCUUUUUGUUCAUCCCGAUGAUGUUUUUUGUCAAGUACAUCAUAUCAUCGUUUUCAUAUGCAAUGUUCGGUGGAAUUGCACUGUCUUUGUUGUUAGGGUUUAUCGUUGUAAAGCUGUUGUUUUAUUAUGCUGACACAAAACGCAGCAGCUCGUUUGGCCUAUCUGCUUCAAAAGGCAGACAGCAGAAUAUGAAUAAGAAGCAAGAGGACUCGACUCAGUUGAAUGAAGACAGCCAGGAGCAAAAUGGAGUCAAUGCCGAGCUUAAGAAAAAUGAAUGACACAGAAUGUGAGCCACAGAAUCUAUUACAUAUGUUAUAAAUGAAGCCAUACGAGCUAUUAGAUUCAAUUUUUCAUGGACUUUUGAAGCGUGUGUAAAGGAGCUGGUAAAACACUUCGAUGGCACGUAUGCUUUCCAAUGUUGUUAAUAUAUAUUUGCGGUAAGAUAGAGUAAAGAUUGUACGUUACAGGCCUGGCAUAAAUCAAAAUAGCGAUUGAAUUUAAGUAGAUGCAGAUUUGCGUGGUCUUUGAUUUUCUCAAUUUGAAGGCAUCCAACUGAGCAUGUGCUGCUGUGAAUUAUGACGUCAUUUUAUCAAGUUUCUUUAUUAUACUUUCGACUUGAUUCUCAGAAUUUAAUUGUUGCUUGCGUUUUUUCAAUCUUGUAUUGGUUUUUAUAAUUUUUUGUAUUUGCUAAUUUCCAAACUUGUACGCAGUAUGCUCCAUUGGCGUACGUAGUAUAAUCUUUUCCGUCGGGCCUCAGGAACUUUCAGUUUUCCAACAGAUAUCAUUUUAGCUGAACAAAUGAGCAAUUAUUUUUUUAUUGCUAUCAUAUUUAGCAUAAAGACUAGUUUCAUCAACAUUCUACAUGCACUUAAACUGGGUUUCUAUUCUCCAUGCACAUGGGUUUUGUCCCCCUGAAAAUAAAAUAAUGUUUAUUUUGAAAUUUAGGUAGCGUGUUAUUGUAACCAAAACCUAUCUUGCUGCGGAAUUUUGGGUAAAAUGACCUCCUAGAUUCUAGCAUCUGCAAAGCGAGGCAGUAGCGAAACAGAGGUUAAGAGAGUAUGGGAAAAGGAUGUUGUCAUAUACCCAGACCUUCCAAUUUAGAUGUUGCACACAACGCCUUCUGUUCGCUGCCAACGGAUACCCAGACAUCCCAAUUUAGAUCUUUUUCACUACUUAGCCGAAGAUUGCUACAAACUUGUAGACUGUUUAUAAGAAAUAUGGUUUAUAUUUUUAUCUAUGCUUUUUUGGAAUUCUUAAGCAAACUUAGAGAUAGAAAUUGUAAAAGUGGAAACAUUUGAUGAUUUUCAAGAUGAAUCUGAUUUUAUCUGAAUGGACAUAUAAA